ACAAUAAAACUCCUUUUUAACAGUACAUCUUGCCAUUGAAGUCUCACUAUCAUGAUAACAAGCUUGAUUUCACUUCAUAGUGCUUGAAACAUGCGCAGAGCACUAGAUGACACUAGAAAGUGUAAUCAAGCUUGAAAUCAUGAUCACCAAGGAGACUGAUGAUUUGUGCAACACAAAAUGAGCUAUCAAAAUGCAAAGAGCAAAACUCUUUUCUAUAUACAACAAAAAAUGCAUAGUAAUCAAUGACUGUCAAGUUCAAUUAUAAUUUUGCUUGGUUUAUGUAAAAAAAACUAAGAUAAAAAGUUCCAUAUUAGUUUGGGAUUUUACCCAGGUCCCUGGGUACAUGUUAAACAGAAUCUCUACCACUGGACUAUCACUCCUAACUCUUAAAUUAGGAACAAUUAAAAAUGUUUAUUUUAUUUUUGGGGGUUACGUCAUAAUUGACACUGACACCUAAAAAAAAAAAAAAACAGGUUAAUGACGCCCUCUGCUGGCUGACCUAAUUAUAUUACAUUAUUAAAUUGAAACAAGUUAACAAAUACUAUUUGCUGUACAUGUAAAUAUAUCUGAAGUUCGUGGAGGCAGCACAUUCCCGAAACUGCUCUUAGAACAUUAAACCUUAGUUUUAAGUUCUGUUGUUAAUUUCAAAUCUAACACAUUUAAUAACAAGUCAGGUGUUUUUCUGUGCUUCAGACUGUAGAGGGCAGAUGGAUUUUGUUUGCAAUGCAAGUAAACUUUAAUGACUGGAGCAAAGAGGCUUAAAUGAUUGAUGCAAAACUUGUGAAUAGAUUUAUAACAUGUUUGUCUCUUGCCGGCAGUGUUGAAGGGAUGUGAAUGAUUUAAGUUUAGAUCUUAUCAGAGAUUAUUUAAGCAAAGCAAAGGCUUCUAUGUAGAUUAAAAUGUGUCACUCUCACAAUUGAAGUUUCCUAGUGCUGUCCAUUUUAAUUUCAGUAAAAAGAUAGACUUGUCGUGAGAUGUCGUUUGUGUGUGUGUGUGUGUGUGUGUGUGUGUGUGUGUGUGAAGAGGGAGGAGUCAUGUGUAACUUGAAUGUAUCUGACAAGUUUCAUUUUCUGAAGAGCCUUUACUCAGCACAAAAAUGCACAUUGACACAAAGGAAGCUGAAAGCUCUUAGUGAUAAUUGGAACUGCCUCCACUGUGGUUACCAGUGGAUUGAAUCUGCCCAGCCACUAAGCAACCAGGGUCAGAGAAAAGAAACCAAAGUGCCAAAUGCUGAAGAUGUGUUCCAGAAUUCUUUUGUGCAUUCCAUCAAGUUUUCUCAAGUCAGUGAAGUCAUUCCCAACAAGAAGAGAUCUGCAAAAGAGAAAUAUGACAGUGCAGAUUUGACUCAAACUGGUUGCUCUCAGAGUGCUGGUUCAUAAUUAGUUACAUAAUAUUGUUUGAAUAGGGGACCAAAUUCAUAUAACAGUACAAAGAACACUUCCCCAUGAUAAUGUUUUUAGUGUCCAUAGAAUAGAAAACAGUAUUUUAAGGCAUAAUAAGCUAUUAAUGCUGUUAGACUAUUCUGAAAAGUAGGCGGCAACAUAACACUGCCUUUUAAGCAGUGGCGAUUUUUCAGGGCCAGCAAAGCCUUCUCUGCUGGCCUGACAUGCCAAAUAAAUCAAUAUUUUUCAUCCUUCCAUUCUAAAUCACCUUUUUGCCAAUGUAUUUUUAAUCGCUUUCCACUCUUAAUUAAUCUACAAACAUAGAGAAAAUAGAGAAAAAUUAAAAGUUUAUCCAGUCAGAAUGCUUUGUGUUAUAUUACCCUGGAAUUAGUUUUAAAAAAACGAAUUACCACAACAACAACAAAAAAACUGUAAAUUUGGCAUCUUCUCCAUCUGACUGUCUUAAUCCACCACUCUCUAUUUCUUUUCUCUUCUGGAAAGUCAUUAAAAUUUAAUAGUGGAUUUUGUCUUUUGGUCUUGGAGCAAAUGGGUAAGUGAAAAUAAUAUUUGCUGUGAUCUCCCAUUCACUCCUAUUCACGGUGGUCUAAGUUAACCCUGCAAACGUUUACUUCCACUUUCCAAAACCUGGAGUGUGAAAAAGGUCUUUUUUAUUUUAUUUUAUUUAACCUUUAUUUAUCCAGGUAAACUGUUUGAGAACCACUUCUCAUUUACAAACAUGACCUGCUAGCUAUUGGAGGAGAGGAGAUGGUAGAUUGAUGUAGCCAAUUCAGGGAUGGAGAUUAUUAGGAGGCCAUGAUAUAUAGGGGCCAAUGGGGGGGAAUUUGGCGAGGACACCGGGGUUACACCCCUACUCUUUACGAGAAGUGCCCUAGGAUUUUUAAUGACCACAGAGAGUCAGGACCUCACAAUAAAAAGGUCUAUUGUGUGUGUUUUUUAAUGCUUAUUAGAGGAUCUUACUGUUAGCUUAGCUACAUGCUAACAUCAAAAGUUGGAUGUAUGUAUAGACAGAUGGAUGGAUGGACGGACGGACAGACAUACAAAUUGGAUGGAUGGAUAGACAUAGACAUUUUGGAUGGAUGGACACAUGGACAGAUAUACAUAUUGGAUGGAUGGAUGGACAGACUGAUAGACAUAUUGGAUGGAUUGAUGGAUGGAUGGAUGGAGAGUCAACAGCAAGGCAGCUCAUUGGGUUUUGAAAGAAAGCUCUUAUCUACAUCUACAGAGCAUUAAAUAUGUUAAAAAGAAAUGUAACUCCAUGGCUGGCAAACAAAUAUAACAAAGAGCUCAAUUUUUGCCCCCAAUUCUGGAAAAUGUCUAUAUUUAUAAGAAAGAUGCAUGGCUGGGGUCUGUAUUGUGCAUUAUUUUCCAGUGCCUGGAAAUUCAUGACAAGUCAGGGGCCACAUCAGUAUCUACGACUCCUAGAUUUGAUGGGAUGUGUAAAGUCUAUUCCUCUUGCCAAAUUAAGUGAGCCUCUUUUAUCAGGAUCAAUAUAUAUUUGAGAACUUGCCAGGCUAGGAAUCAUAAAUCUGGCUUGCAGAGUGAGAGAGAGAGAAAGAGAGAGAGUGGCUCCUCUCAGCCUAAUGGAGGACGGUUCAAAAGUUUAACGUGCCAGCCACCCGUUCAUGUCUUUACAACCUCUUUGAGUCAUUGUGUGAGGGUGAGGGCCGAUCACAUCGAUGGCCAUUAAACUGAAUGCUGGGCUAGUCUGCGGUAAAGGGGUGUGUUGGAUGCAUUAGGGAAAUUGGCCCUGCCUGCCUGAGACAGUAUACUGUACUGAAGUAAUUACAGUUGCUGGAGGGAUGCUGAGGCCAGACUUUGCCUUUGCAAAUGUGUGUGCGUGUGUCCAUACAUGUCUGGAAUAGUCUGCCGCAGAGGGUCUACGCCCCGCCCUCCCGUCUCGCCCAGUAAAGUGGCUGCCAACGGGAUAGGGCUGGGCUGUAUUGAUAAGAUGGAUAAGGAGGGAGAUAGGGGAAGAGAGACAGAUGGGGCUUUGGGCCAGGCCAUGGCAGUGCUGGGGAGCCUAAACUCAGGGUCAUCGCCAGCUGAUUAGCAGCAGCAGGAGCCCCAACCCUGGUGAUGCACACCCACAGAGGAUCUGAGCUCGGAUGAGGCAUCCAAGGAAACAUCCACCUGCAGGAUGGGACUAACCUGCUUCAAGUCUUGGAAGUACAACAGCACUGCACAGAAAGGAGGAAACAGGGAUGUGCUGGUUAGUCCUGGCUCAUAUUUCUUCCUAUCAAACAGCUGUGGUCAGGGAGAGGAGUGGCUGAAGAGCCUAAACAAGGGCAUCUGGAUACCCUUUACAGGUGUGUUUGGUCAGAGUUUGGAGGAGACUGUCCUAUAUGAGAGGAGGUAUGGGGAUCACAUGGCUCCUCUGGUGGUGGAGCAGUGUGUAGAUUUCAUCCGAGAGCAUGGGCUUACAGAGGUGGGACUCUUCAGGCAGCCCGGCCAGGCCACGCUGGUUAAAGAGCUGCAGGAAGCUUUUGAUGCUGGGGAGAAACCAACCUUUGACAGCAGCACAGAUGUCCACACAGUGGCUUCUCUACUGAAGCUAUACCUCAGGGAGCUGCCUGAGCCCCUGGUGCCAUUUUCUCGCUAUGAGGCUUUUCUUGUGUGUGGCAAAAGGAUCCCGUCAAACAGAGAGCAGGGCUUGCAGGAGUUGAGGAUUCUCCUUCAUGAGCUUCCUGUGGCAAAUGUCAACCUGCUGAAAUACAUCUGCCAAUUUUUAAAUGAUGUCCAGUCAUACUCCAACAUUAACAAGAUGAGCAUCGAGAACUUGGCAACAGUUUUUGGGCCAAAUAUCCUCCGGCCCAAAGCAGAGAACCCAGAAAGUAUCAUUGGAGGGGCAGCAGUUGUGCAACAUUUGAUGUCCGAACUGAUCCGAGAGCACAGUUUUCUUUUCUCCAGAGAGAACUACAGCCCUCCUGAAGCCUCUUUAUCAGCCAUUCACCCCAUAAAAAGACAUAGUAACCUCGUGGAAUGGGUGCACGGUGAACCAACUGCCCAUCCUAGGGAGUUGCUGUUGAGCGAAUAUCAUGACCCACUUCCAGGUCAGAGUGUAGGUGGUCCACAAAAGCUAUCUAUGUCUUUCAUUACAGGGGGGACAGAGUCUUUUCAAAGUCCUUGUGAUUCCCAUUGUCUAUCAGUGACUGAGCGACAGCUUCAAGAGGACUCUUCAACCAGCUCUGCUCUGAUUUAUGACAACCACAGUCAACAAAUUUCAGCACAAGAAUCAAGACACGUGCCAACACCAAUCACCCCAGUACUUGCCUGCUCUUCAAUGCCCAGAGUGCAAGAAAAUGGAGAUGAAACUUUUGUCCAGUCAAAGAGCUGGCCUGAUAUGGGGGAGCCCAACUGGGGGCAAGAGAGAGCCCUUGGGGAGAGUAGAGGCAGCAGUGAAGUCCAGGACAGUAUCCUUUCAGUCUAUGAAAACAUUGGUACUGAGCAGCAGAGGGAGGGAUGUAUGGAGGACAGGGACUCAGGCAGUGGUAUUGUGGAGGCAAAAGGCGGUACUGCCAGUAUGGCAGACAUUAGCAGCUCUUGGUCCUCCUGUGAGAUUGUACCUUUAAAUGGAGGCAGUAGAAGUGGUGAAGCUGGAUGUCCUUGCCAUGGUUCUCCUGUUUGCUUCCACUCUUACAGAAUGGACUCUGUUGAGGGAGACCCUCACCCUACCUCCCCUGCUUCCUCUUCUGCUCCCACUGAUGCACCUUUAAGCACCGGCAGCAGCGAGGUCUUUUUGCCAAAUGCCCCCCAUGUCAUUCCUGCCUCCCAUGCCAUACAGUGUCUGGUUGCAGGGCUUCGGCAACAGAUGGCAAGGCAAAAUGCUGAAUAUGAGGCAAAAAUCAACAGGCUAGAGCAGAAAAACAAGGCACUCCAGGGGGAGGUUGUAGGUCUGCGAUCAACUCUGGAGCAGCAACGUCGCUGGGUUAGCGUGGCAGAGAUCAAAACACGAAAUGUAGAACGAGCAAGAGAUGACGCUGACCGGCGCAAUACCACUCUGCAACAGGAAAUGGAGCAGUUCUUUAAAACAUUUGGUGAGCUGAACGCAGAGGCCCGAAAAAUUAAUCGCAUUGUUCAGAGUUUUUGAAAUAUUCACAUGAUGUGCAGCAAAAUGAACAUCAGCAGCAUAUGAAAGGUUUCCAUGUUUUAGAGUAAUAACACUGUAACUGUCUCAGUCCUGUACAAAUGAGGAUGCAUUCUUGAGGGAAAAUAGUGCCCCACUUUCAAGUGUAGUUUAGUUGCCUGAAAGAAUGAGUGGACCAGCAUGUUAAAUGUGAAGUAAUUUUCAACUAAAAGGCAUAUUUAUGCCACUUAAAUGAUAAAAGACAAUGGAAUGGGCGAAAAGUAGGAUUAAGUUUCAUGAUCUCUAGUAAGCAUGGAUGUCAUUUGAGAAAAGUAGACCCUAGGAAUGAUUGGAACAGAUAAACUGCAUUGGCUGGGGGUCACUGUAAAGUUUCAAUCCACAAGACAGUCAUUCCCUGUACAAAAACAUACCAUUAAUAGAUUAAUUGCAUUUGUACCACAAUAAAAUAUAAGAAAUCGACAGUGUUUCUAUUUGAGCAUUUUAUUUGGCCAGUCGUAACAGAUUCUUGAUUUUUUUUUUUCCUUUCACACAGAAAAAAAAUUCUCUCUCUCUAUUAUUUUAGAGGAUCUUAUUUUAGGUUUGUCAUGUUUCAGACAGGUUUGUGGUUUAAAAACAAGAAUGGUUGCUCCCAUCAUAGCCCACUGACAGGGUACUAAUGUAACACGACAAUACAAAACACAUGAAAGCUUAACAGACAUUACUAGCACAGAGUUGGAUAUCUAUACCUUUUACAGUAUUUGAGUUUUUGAUUAAUUAUGAUCAUGAGAACGGCUUUUCUUAAGAAUAGUGGAGAGUAAAAGAAGACCUAAAAAGUUAUCUAUUAAAGUAAUUUCCAAUUCCACCCUUUAGUGAUAGAUUGUCAUUGACAAACACACAUCGUUGUUCACAUACACCUUCUCCCCCAAGGGAAACAGACACCUAAAGAACUGAAAGUAAGCCCUUGAUAAAGUGAGCCAGCAUUUUUCAUUAGCUUGAGUUUUAACAACGCAGAUGUCCAUCUCUAUGUUCGAAACAACAAUUAAUGUGCACGAAGCUCUGAAAUGAAAAUGAUAUGAACACUAUGUACUAUUGCACCAAAUGAGAUCUCACAAGCUAUACUCAAGGAGACCAAGAAAUUUGACUUCAUUUCAAGCUCUAUAGAAAACUCUCGAACAAUGGAGAUGCUAAGAAAGAACCAAAACUGGGUUGUAGGUCCAUUACCAUCAAUUGUUUUGUGCUCUUCAAGCCAAGCUGUAGGUGGUGAUAGUGAGAAGCUUAAGGCAUGAAAAUGAUGGUGAUGCCGAGUUCAUCCUCCUGCUUGAUGUAGUCCUUCAGAAGAGCCUGGAGGCACACAAGCUUGAAAGCACACUCACAUUGUCCUCCUGGCUUUAUAUUCAUUGGUCUCUUCAAUAACCAGAGGAUGCCACAGGUGUCCGAGGAUUUUGAGGACUAUAUGGGCUGAAUAGGUCUCGUGUUUCCAUGCAUAACAAUAGAUUUAGAGUACAGGAUACAUAACGUCACAAUAUAGCUGGAAGUAUCAACAGGCAACUUUUAAAAUUACACCAGACAAACUGGACUAUAAUGGGGGGGCGUGGGGGGUCGGGAAGUUCGAUGACACUGAUUGAUUGCAUUCAUAAAUACCACUGUUAAAGAUUCCCACAGUCCAAAGCAGCUCUUUAUGUUGUUGACUUGCUGCACCAUGGGUUGCCACAGUAUAUCACUGAAAAGUAUGUUUGCAAAACACAGUAACCAAGGUGGAUAGACACAUACAAAGUAAAAUACACAAGCGGGAGUGUAAUAAAAUGAAAUGUACUUGAAAAUCAUUCAGUGUUUCAGUAAAGGAAAAUUACUAAAAAACCCACUGACAAGUCUCAUUAACAAAAAAGAAACGAUAUAUUUGCUUCGUAAAAUUUUCUUAUGGCUUUUCAAGUUUAAAGGAGAUUAAAAAGGCAAUGGGUUGCAUUAGCUCAUGCAAUUAUACAUACAACCUUACAGGAUACAUCAUGAACUUGUCAGCGGUGAUUUAUUACUUAUGGAAUGACAUUGAGCAGGAGCUUUUUUUAGUACAUUGCAUCCACGGCUGCCAUUUCAGAUCCAGACGCAAGUGGGGUUUUUUUUGUUGCUCAUUUUAAAAGGAAUCUGCUCACUUUUAAACCUCUAAGUGCAAUUUAAAGUUCCAUCUAUAUAUUUUGUUUUUACAGUACAUAUGCUAAAGCAUCUCCAUAGCAUAUUUGCUGUAAAAGUGUGUUUCCACAGCACAAAGUAAAUCUGAACAUUUACACAAAAUCUAUGUACGUAUAUAUACACACAUGACUACACCCUAACAAUCUGAAAUACAUUAUAAGUUUCUGUUUGAAAAUGGGUGUACUGUGACUAUGUACAGAGACAAUCACUACUGUUCUGAUUCUAAGUGAGUGCAGGCAUAUUUCAGUGAUCUGUAGUUAAAAAUUGUAGUCUUUCUUUGUUGUAGGUGUAGCUUUGUUCAUACCAUGCAGCAACACUUGUAACAGGGUUUUGUUCCAGAGGGGCUGACUAGCUAUAAAGUUUGUCCAAGAAUUUAAUUUAUAUCUGUGCUUCUUUAAGGUGAUGAAAUGAAAGGCAAUAAAAUCAGCAUCGCACAGCCAGAGAGAGAAAGAGAAGACAUAAAUGACGGCAUAGAUCUUAGAUAUUACACAUGCUGCUGCAAUAGGUUACUCCACAAAAGAUUGCAAUUAAUAUUAUUUCAUAUGAAGGCAACUGAACGUGAAUGCAUUAACACAUAAACCUAAUUCAUAUUUGUCCAUCCAUAAAAGCAGUUUAAAACUUCUAAAAGAAAAUGGUAAAGAUGGAGUUAAAAGUUAAAGGGAUAGUUAACCCAAAAAUGACAAUUCUGUCACCAUCUUGUUCCCCUCUAGGGCUGGGAAUCGAAUUCGAUAAAUUUUAGGCACUGACCGAAUUGCCUCUAAAGAAAAUCGAGUAUCGAAAAAUGUCUUGUCGUUCGGUGCCAAAUAUCAAUACCUAAGGGUUUAAUCUCGUCAACCUCAGUGAUAAGCAUGUAGCAUGCUAGAUGUGCCCAAAUCUAAAAGUGCUGGUGAUUGGCUGUGUUUAGCCAUCAAGGAAAAACACUAGUAUCAGAUAAUGGUUUGAGUUCCAGGGCUGAGAAAGAAUGUUAUCAGUAAUACUGCUAACACUGUUCUACUGAGCCUUUAAAAUAGAAUUUUUACAAGCACACGCAGGAAGCGAGCCGCAGCAGUAAUGAUUCUUAAUGUGUCGGAAAAAACAGCAAGAGACUAUCUGAACAUUUUGUUAUUAUGUGUUGAUCUCUGGGAUCAAUGAUGGUCAGAGUGAUCGACAAUAGCUGAUGCCUUUGACAAUGUCAUGACGAUAUUUGGCUUGUUUUCCCAUGAAUCUAUUAAAUUAUUAUUAUCAAUGUUAGACUAUUAUAAUUAUCAAAUUAAUAUUACAAAUUAUUUGCCCGUAGAGACAAAAGACACGCGUUUGAAGAAACACUCUUAUUAUAUUAUUAAUUACAGAUGACAGAAAAGCUGUAUAUGGACAAAAGGAUCUCACACUUUGUUUCUGCCUUCCGAUUUGUUCCAAUUUGAGUGCUGCAAAUUAACUCAGACAUCUCAGUUCAGGAGGUGCUUUGAGUUCAGUUCACUUUAUUUCCACAGAGGAGUUUAUUGUGAAUGCAACUCUGCAGCCUGUAAAAUAAUACAAACCAUAUAAAUGCAGUUUUACUGCAUUUCGUUGUCUUUGUACUUGUACUCUGCACAAUGACAAUAAAGUUGAAUCUAAUCUAAUCUAAAAAUAAAAUAAUACAAAAUGUAUAAAAUAAUUUAAAAAAACACGUUCACCUCGAACCAUGAUUUAUAUUUCAGUGAUUAUCAUCAUCAUUACAAUUAUUAUUUUUACAUCUAUAAUAGUUUUUAUGUCUUCAUUUGUAUAAGUAAUUUUCCGCCUGCAUGUUUAGACGGAUUCUUGCCUGACAGUAAAUGGAAAGGUGGUUAUGUAUUAUCACUUUAUUAUUUAUUAAUUUAUUUGCUUUUUCGUUUAGUUUAGAGUGCAAUAUGAAUUUAGAAUUGUAUUUGAUAUAAGUUUAAUUAGCAAGAAUAUUCACUAAUCCCUCAGCCCGAGGUUUCCGAUGUAAUUGGAUAUAUAUAGUGAAGGAGGGAACAAAAUGAAUUUAUUCCCACACAUGAUAUAUUUUCCUGGAUAACGAAAUACCCGAUGGGUAGAGAAUGCACGGAUGAAGUUUCUUUGCCAGAGAGAAGUUCAUAACUGUUCUAAAGCCAUCUUUCAACAUUUUGAACAACACAUUUAUCCAAAAUGUCAUUAAAACAUUUAACCAAAGUAUC